AUAUCUCUUAUUUAUAUAUUUGUUUCCUGGCCUUCUCGGAAUCUGAAAUUACCUAAAAGGGCGCACCGAACGAGAAAGAGGAGAUUUCUAUGAGUAAUCCUCGGUCAUGAGUGAGUCGCCCGUUGAUUGCCCGAUCGAUCUGUGAGUCAUCAAUCAAAUCCGAACGCCAAACACACAGCCGCAUUCCAGUGCCCCCACCUGUUUUAUCUGUGGAAUUCGUUUUCAGUUCGAGCGGUACUAUCUUUCACCUGACUGACAUAUCGCUUGAUUAUCGAAAAUUGCUCGUUUCAAAUUAUACAGUUCAAAAGUGUGAGUGGGCGCCGAAAGAAAUAGACCAGUAAUUGAAGAGUCUUUGAAAAAAUCGAAGAAGUGAAAGCCCAAACAAAUUUUUGUAAAUCACCCGAUGAAUCAGUUGCAAAAUACUUGAGACUCGGACCGCCAAAUUAAUUUCCUCGUUUGAUGAUGACUAAGAGUUGACCGUUUAAAUUACAAUUUCUAGUUCAGAUGAUUUCUCAUUUUUGAAUACUAACAGAAUCCACUACAAAGGUGCACUACUACAGCAGGGUUGCCAGGUCGUUCACGAAUUUGUAUAAAGUCGAAGGUCCUUUUAAGGAUUCAGUUGAAAUAAAAUAAACUUAAUAAUCCCAAAAAAAGGAAACAUAGGAGGACACCAAGAUCAAAUAUUUCCAUUUUCAAAAAAGAAAGGGAGAGAAAGUAAACAAAGGAGACAGCGUGCGAGCUAGAGAGAGAAAGAGAGAGCGAGCGAGAUGGAUGUGGAGGAGAACUACGAAAACCCCGCUGAGAUGCAGAAUUUGAAUAUGAAUUUGAGUCUGAACCCGAAUUCGACUCCAAAUUCGGACAACCAGCAACAACAGCAGCAGCAACAACAAAUGCAAUGUGAACCGUUAUUCGGACUCACAACCAAUACAACAACAACCACAAAUCCCAUGAUGGCCAUACCCCUGCCCCCGCCCCCUGGAAUGAUGCCCCACUCCAGUCCGAAUAUCAGCACGAAUUCGAAUUUGAUUCCGAACUCGAAUCCGAAUUCCAAUUCAAAUCUAAGUCCCAGUCCAUCCGCAUCCGCAAACGCAUCCGCAUCCGCCAUAAAGGGUCUGCCGACAAAUGACUUCGACAUCGAUUCCCUGCUGCUGCAACAAUUCAGCUGCAUGGGCACCACGGAUCACGAGGACCUCAUCAGCCAGUUCCAGAGCCUCAUGAACAACCAAAUGAACCGGGAGUCCGCCAGGUUCUACCUGGAGAUGAGCAACUGGAGCCUACAGACGGCGGUGGGCUGCUACCUGGACUUCUGCAGCCUGCAGUCCCUGCCCUCGAUGAAGAUCGUCCAGGGCAAGCACCUGAAUGCCCAGCAGCAGGCGUUCCAGCUGCAGAACGACGGCACCGAGCGCUGGCCGAACAACUGCUAUCUGACCUCGCCCAUCCAGACGCAGCGCAUCAAUGUGCCCGCCCUGCGUCCGGGCGAAACUUGUGAUAUCCUGGCCGAUCUGAUGCCCACGCAGCCGCCGAUUAUGUGGCGGCUGUGCACUCCCAAUGGCUGGUACUUUGGCGAUGCCAUUUGGAUGAUACCGCCGGGCACGCAGGCCAGCCAGGACGAACUGCAGCAGCGGAUGGUGCAGCUGAUCACGUCGGAGAACAAGCCGGAUGUCUAUCCGCAGAUCAAGAUCGUGAUAACCGCGCACACCCAAUGAAUGCGGCGUCCAGCAACCAGCAUCCAGCAUUCGGCAUCCUCCUCCGUUCCCGAGCGGGGUCUUUGGUCCCAAAACUCAUCGAUAGCAUUUCAUAAACCUGCGCGAAUGUAACAUUUACGAUAUGACUAGACUUUCCCCUUACCCUGUUUUUCAAUAGGCUUACAGUUGUUCUCAGUAGUGGAUUUGUAUACAGACAGGAUCAAAACAAUUUUAUACACUUGAUGCCCUGCAUAUUCCGGAAUAUGUAGUAGCCAACGCCAUUCACGUGUACAUUACAAUAUAUAAUUGAUAUAUAUAUAUAUAAAUACUUAUACACCUCCAUAACUAGAGUUUGAGUUCGUUUGUGAGCCCCUUCGUUGCUCCUUCCAUUUCCCCCCCUCCUCUAAUUUGGUGUCAGACGGAUCAGCUUUAUAUAUAUCGGAUGUGUCGGGAAGGGAGCGAGGGGCACGCGCGAUAGGGAAAGAAGUGAAAAUGAAAGUAAAAGUAAACGUAAAAGUGAGAAUCAGAAUCGUGUGGCCACAUUAUGUUCUUCUGUUAGUUUUUAGGCGGUAAAGUUGUGUGUGCGUGCGAUUGUUUAAUGCAUAAUUAUAUAUUUUUUUCUAUAAUUUAAAGUCCUAUUUUCUGAUUAACCGAGAAGGAGGAUUAAGCAGAAGAAAAUUGUAACAAAAUUAGACUUAAGUGUUUUAUUGAGCAAAACAAGAAAAGAAGCGGAACGAAUUAUAAA